AGCAAACGCACGAACACGUUGCUUAGAUUACACACAUCCAAGAUUCUACAGAGCAGCAGAGCCCAUCCGAGUUCAGCAUGUUCAGCUCCAGCCUCUACGCCGCCAGGAAGCGCAGACGGCCGACAAUGAAGAGAUGCUCCCCGAGCGUUGCGCAGCCUUCGCUCUGCGAGGGGCUGAAGAGCAACCCCUCCAAGCGGCACCGCGAGCGGCUCAACGCGGAGCUGGAGAAGCUAGCGCAGCUGCUGCCCUUCCCGGACGAGGUGCGCGCCAAGCUGGACAAGCUCUCCAUCCUGCGCCUCUGCGUCAGCUACAUUCGGGCCAAGAGCUUCUUGAGCGCAGCCUCGCACCUCACCCCGACCGAGUGGAGUCCGGGAGCCGAAGCAGCAGCGACGGCGUCUGCCCUGCCGCUGGGGAGCAUCGCAGAGGGCGAGGUGAUGUUACAGGCUCUGGACGGCUUCAUGAUGGUGGUGACAGCAGCAGGAACCAUCUUCUACGCCUCCCACACCAUCGAGGCGUACCUGGGAUACCACCAGUGCGACGUGCUGCACCAGAGCAUCUACGAGCUGCUGCACGCCGAGGACCGGCAGACGUUCCGGCAGCAGCUGCGGCUGCUCCCGGCUGCGCCGGGCAGCGCUCGCCACGACGGCACCGAAGAGAAGAUGUUCCCCUUUGUACUGCCCAGGCCGGAGCCUCUCCCACAGCCCCCGCGUCACCUCCCACAGGAGACCGCUGCUCUUCUCAGCAGGAACUUCACCUGCCGGUGUCGCUGCCUCAAGGAUAACUCCUCGGGCUUCCUGACGCUGAGGUUCCAGGGCCGGCUGAAGCUGCUGGAGGGACAGGCCGGCACCACCGCCUGCCCGGCCGCGUGUGGCCCCGCGGCGGGGCCGGUGGCGGUGGCGCUCUUCGCCGUGGUGUCGCUCGCGGCGCUGCCCGGCGGCGGCGGCAGCGGCAAGAGGGAGGAGGGCACGGUGGCGCUCGGGUGGCACCGCGGGGCGGAGGGCGACAGGCCACAGUUCCUCGAUUGCAAAGAUCACGGCUCGAUGGGACAAGGAAGGAAGUUGUAUCAGCCAGGCGACGGGCAGCGGUCCAGCGGCAGUCUCCGCCUGGUGCCCAGGGACAAGGCCUGGCUGUGGGGCCACUCCAAGUCCCGGCACCAGCAGCGCCACGCAGCUCAGUACGCCGAUGCUCAGCCGCCCGGCAAGCUGCACGGCUACGUCUGCCAAGACCCUUCCCUGUACCCGCUGCCAGCGCCGAACCGCGUGGCCCUGGCAGACAGGGGCAGCCACUGGGGCAGCCGCAAGUUUCACAGAGCCAAGAGGGCAGCGGCGGCAGCGGCGGCGGCGGCGGCGACGCUCGGCUCAGACUCCCAGACGAUCUUCAAAUCCCCGGCUGUCGCUUACGGCUCGGCCACCCUCAAGCCGAGCAAGGAGGAGGCGAAGUGGCUCGGCCUGCUGGCAAGCGCCGGCGCCGGUGGCGCCCGGCCCGAGCUGUGGGAAGAGAGGGGGGCGGCGGCCUCCGGCGGCUUCAAGCGGCUCUUGGGCGAAGGCGCCGCGGGCGGGACGGUCGUGGACGGAGCCGCCGGCGCGCUCUGUCACCCGGGCGGCGCGGCCUCCUUCUCCGCCAAGAGCCUGUGCGUCGGCGGCCGCGGAGGCCUCGAGGCAGCGGCGUGGCCGGCGCGCGACGCGGCGCUUCGCGGGGCCCUCUCCCUCGCGGGCCGGGCGGCCGCGCCGGCGCCGCGCUGGCCACGGGUACGCGGAGGCGUGGGGCCGCGGCCUCCGGCGGAGCGGGCCACGCGGGCUCGAGCGUGA